AAAUUAAACUGUUGAAUACAUCGAUAUUCAAGCAAUAUGGUUGAUAUUGUUGCUGUCAAUAACAUAUAAUAAUUGCACAUUUCAAUACUUGAUUCAGGUCAAGCUUAUCAGCAAAGCUGUUCCUAAACAUUUGUACACAUUAUUGACCUUAAAUUGUGUUAUCACACACGAGACAAUGACUCUCUAAAAUAUUCCAGGAAGGUAGUCAGAUUUUCGAUACAUCAGAUUUUUACUUUAUCAAAUUAUUUUCUAAACGACGAAAAAUAGUAAAAGAUGUAUUUAUAUAUUUAUUUAAUGCGAUCACGUUUUUGCACUUGAUUUGCUGACAUUGAUACUUUUCUUUCUGUAGAGAUAAUGCGUGCACGUGCGCUACUAUCCUCAAAUAACUUCAAUGUUUACACAAUUGCAGCUCCGGACGAUAUAGAAUGAGAUAAGUGAAAUCUUCAUCCCGGAAACACCUUUCUACUACCGGAAGAAUGAUAUCGUUCAUAUAUAUACAAUUAGUUGCAUUCGCUAAAAAAUUUAAUAGAAAACUAGAUAUAAAAGACACAUGCAGCACAUUAAAAAUGACUCUUGGAAGAGAGAACAUGUCGUACAGGCGUUAACUCGUCAUUUAUUACUAACAGAAUUAUAUUCUUUCUAUUAUCUUCUACGAAAACAUCAAUCAUGCAUUAUAUUUGAUGUUUUAAUAAUGUUUAAGUGGUGCAUGUUUAGUAAAGAGAGUCAAAGUCCUUACGCAUUAUAAAUUACGUUUUAUUGACUGUGUGAAAAAGCUUGUUCGAAAGUGCAGCCAGAACGAAAAUCUGCAUUGUUUAUUUUGAAUGUAAGCUUUUCGGUCGUUCACAUCAAACACACAAAAUUAUUGCAGGAGUAAAAAUACACUCAUUCGCAAUUACGUUGCAAAGUUUAUAAACUUUGCCAACCUGUUAUUUCGUACAAUAAUAUUAAACCGAAGCCAACGCUGUCGUGUUGCAGUCGGCGACUAGUGUUUCGUGUCAUUUACCGUUCAGACAUCGUGUCAGUGACACGUGCUGUACAAAGCAUGGCGUUGGAUAGUCAUGCUGCCGUACUCGUGGACGAUGAACGUCCGCAUCAAUCAACCUCGGGUAAUCGUGACGAAAGAUCGACACCGGGUGGAUGGACUUUUCCCUUAAUCUUAGCAGGUGUUACUUGUUGUCUAGGAUCAGCUGUACCAGCAGGAUUUAACAUAGGAGUAUUAAACAAUGCAGCCCAUUUGAUAGAAGCAUUUUGUAAUGCAAGUAUCAAAGAAAGAUAUGACGUGGAUGUUUCCCAAAAUAACCUAAAAAUAAUUUGGUCUACUGUUGUUUCAAUCUUUCUAAUUGGUGGUGCAGUUGGUUCAUUUCUUGGCAGUUGGGUAGCAGACAGAUAUGGAAGAAAGGGAGCACUAUGUAUUGGAAAUAUAUUUGGCAUUGCUGGAGCUGGAAUGUUUUUCUUGAUACGAAAAUUGAACUCAAUUGAACUGCUGUUAGCAGGUCGAUUAAUUGUUGGCUUUUCUGGAGGUUUUGCAACAUGUGUAGUACCAAUGUAUAUGGCAGAAAUUGCACCCCUUAGAUUAAGAGGUGCUGUUGGAGUCUUAUGUCAGUUAGGAAUUACAUGUGGAGUGUUUCUAGGUCAAAUUGCAGGACUUCAUUCGGUACUAGGAACUGAAAAUUCUUGGCAUUACAUGUUGGGAGCUUUUGUUCCAUUAUGUGUAUAUGCUUUAGUUCUUACAAGCAUUGUUUUACCAGAGAGUCCUAAAUAUUUAUUUAUAAUUAAAGAACAGAAACAAAAGGCUUUGGAUGAACUCAGCAGGAUACGUAAUAUGGAUAUAAUGCUUCUGCAAGUAGAAAUUUCUAAUCUCCAGCAAGAAAUAGAAUCAAAAACAUCAGCUGAACCUUGGACAAUGAGACGUAUGAUCAAAGAUCCAAAUUUGAAGCUUCCUGUAUUCUUAGUUUGUUUAAUACAGUUUGGACAACAAAUGAGUGGCAUAAAUGUUGUGUUUUAUUAUUCCAAUGCCAUCUUUCUUAAUGCCGGACUUGGUAUCGCUGGAGCACAAUAUGCUACUCUUGGUACUGGAGUAGCUAAUAUUGCCAUGGCAUUGAUUUCUGUACCAGUGAUGUCAUCUUUAAAUAGGAGGGUUGUUUUACUCAGCAGUAUUUAUUUAUGUUUUGUAUGCUUGAUAGUGUUGUGUAUUUCAAUGUUGUUAAAUCAUGUAUCAUCAUGUAUGCCAGUUAUCUGUGUUGUAGCUGUAAUGGCUUAUGUGAUAUUUUAUGGUAUUGGUCUCGGUCCGAUCCCAUACUUCAUUGGAUCUGAAUUAUUUGAUGUUGGCCCUGGUCCAGUAGCAAUGGCACUGGGUAGCAUUUUUAAUUGGGGUGGAAAUUUCAUGGUGGGCAUGAUGUUUCCAACACUGGAGAGUAUUAUAGGCCCAUACACUUUUCUAAUAUUCGCUGGGGCUCUUUUACUUCUUGCACAAUUCGUUAGGAUAUUUUUACCUGAAACAAGAGGAAGAAAUACGACGGAUGUCGCGGCAUCGAUUAAUCAAGGCUUCAGUUCUAGACCAAAUUCAAUACCGCAUUCUAUGGCAAAUUCCAUUUUUGCCGGUUAGAUUAAGAGAGUGAUAUAUUGCAUAUUUGUUGACUAAAAAUUUUUUAAUGAUUAGGUUUUGUACGGCGUAAAUUGUUAAGUAUUUGGACCAUGCUGGAAUAUUUUCGGAUCUCAGAAGGACUAAUUUUAAGGAAAACAUAAAUAUAUUGAUUUGAAAACUAUCAUAAACUUAA